AGGCGACCAAUCAGAGACAACUGAAGCCAGACACCGCCAAGAUCAGAUUGUGAGUCGCGCUGCCGUAGCAAGGCUAGCCGAGAGUGAUAGAAGAAGCUCACGACGCUUGCUAACUUGUGGAGUGCACCGGAUUUAGACCUCCUCUUCCUCCGCUCUCAAAUGCCAACAACAACGGCAGCCGUCGAAGAAGCAGCCCUAGUACACUCGGUCUUAAUAGUGAAACAGAAGAAGAAAUCCCUUUCCAACUGAAGCUCAACUUCCCCGGUCCUUUGGGAUCAUGGCUAAAGAUGCUGGUCUAAUGGAAACAAAUGGAGAGUUGAAGGUUUUCAUUGAUCAGAAUCUGAGCCCCAGCAAAGGUGUCCUGUCUUUGGUUGCUGUCCAACCCGCCACCGCCCCUGUGGCCAAACAGCUUCUGCCCAAAACGCUUGGGCCGUCCAAUGUGAAUAUUGCUGCACACAUGCAACAUUUGCCACACAUGGUAAUUGGAACACCCCAGAGGCCAACGGUAUCCAACACUAUACUGGUAAACAGUCCACACACGCCCAAUUCCCAGUUCCUGACUCAGACUCAACCUUCUGAUGCCUCUCCUUGGUCAUCAGGGAAGCGUGGUAAGAAAGGUGAGAAGAAUGGGAAGGGCUUGAGGCAUUUCUCCAUGAAAGUGUGCGAGAAGGUGCAGAAGAAGGGAGUCACCACCUACAACGAGGUGGCAGAUGAGCUGGUGGCAGAAUUCAGCUCGGGUGACAACCUCAUGUCACCCAACGACUCGCAUGUAUAUGACCAGAAGAACAUCCGGCGGCGUGUGUACGACGCCCUGAACGUCCUCAUGGCCAUGAACAUCAUCUCCAAAGAGAAGAAAGAGAUCAAGUGGAUCGGCCUGCCCACCAACUCAGCGCAAGAGUGCCAAAACCUCGAGGUGGAGCGACAGAGGCGGCUGGAAAGGAUCAAACAGAAACAGUCGCAGCUUCAGGAGCUCAUACUACAGCAAAUAGCCUUCAAGAACCUGGUUCAGAGAAACAGGCAGAGUGAGCAGCAGGCAAACAGACCUCCGCCGCCCAACUCCAUCAUACACCUUCCCUUCAUCAUCGUCAACACCAGCAAGAAAACAGUCAUUGACUGCAGCAUCUCCAAUGACAAGUUUGAGUACUUGUUCAACUUCGACAGCAUGUUUGAGAUCCACGAUGACAUUGAGGUGCUGAAGCGUAUGGGCAUGGCUUGUGGUUUGGAGGUGGGCAAGUGUUCUCCGGAGGAUUUGAAAGUCGCACGCAGCCUGGUGCCCAAAGCUUUGGAGCCCUACGUGAUCGAGAUGGCAAAGGGCCCCAUCAGUAGCGUUUACAUCACUGGAGGGUCCUCGGCUAAUGGAGCCCGUUACACAGCCAGCGACGGCUGCCCCGAUGGCACCAUGGCAUCCAGCUCGAACGACUCUCACUACAGCGGCUCUCGCGUGGAGACGCCGGUGUCUUACAUGGGCGACGACGACGACGAGGAUGAGUACGACGAGAAUGAUGACGAAGACUAACCUGUGUACACCUUGCCACUCCAAUAAGCACAGUGUCUCAAAAGCGCCAACAUGGGAACGUAGAACUGCCGUCGCGCCCCCACCCCCCCUUUCCCCCACUUACACACAAACACAUGUCAUGCACCCUCCACUUGUCUUUGCUCUUCCCCCUUUCUCUCCCACGCCUGUUUUUCUGUUUGGCUUUCUCAGGGCUCUACAUGAGUAUUGAAAGAAUGAGGGGAGACGUGCGUGAGGUGCCCCCUUUUGCCUCUUGAAUCGUUCGUACAUGCACCGCAGUUCUCGGGCAGGGUUUUGUCGCGGGAACUGUAGCGUGCGACCUAACCUAAAAGCUGAAGUCUUUGCGUAUUUAGCUCAUUGUUCUCUAAGCCAUCCCAUGAGAAACAAAAACAGACUGCUUUUGGAGAACGACAAAAAAAAAAAAAUGUUUGUGUCGCUACGCCACUGUUCUCUAUGGCAGCACGAUCUUUAAUGUUCACCGAUGGUCAAAGUAUUUGUUCAAAGAGGCCGCCAUGAAUUCACAAUGGCCAGAUAAAAUUGGCAUCCUGUGAUGGGGCUCCAUCAUGCGUGUUGUUUUUGUUUUUAUUUUGGUCUGGUGCAGAGGUUCAAAUGGUUCUUCCGUUUCUCACUCAAUUGAGGUGGCUUCCUUCUGUUUUGUAGGCAGCUGCUUGCAUUACCUUAUUUGCUAGUUUGAUUUUUUAUUUUUUUUUUUUUUAAUUGUUUUGCAUUCCGCAGUUAAGGAAUUCUCAUGAGCGGCCUGUGUAACACCUUGGUCGUGUUUACAAAAUAAUGGCACCAGCAAGGUAAUGUUUUCCUAACCCAGGUUCCUGAUAGGUAAAUAAGCUUUGUUAAUGACAUGUAUGAACCCCGUUGAUUGUAGCUCAUAGUAUCCCUUAGAGGCCAGUGAUAUCGAUACUAGACCAUCAGACGGUAUCCAUGUAAUUAAUGUGUGGUUGUACAGGUCUUUGUAUGCUCCCAUCAAAGAUCUCCUUUUCAAAACUGAGCAACACAUGUACUGACUUCUUCCAAAUACCCCUUUUCUGUAUUCUAAUAUAAGUUUUCAAAUUAAAUAUAGAUUGUUUUAAA